AUCCAUUUAUAACUAUCAAGAUGGCUGAGUUCAAGAAAUUGAAGAAGAAAAACUUUAGAAAAAGGAGAAACUCCUCAGAUAGUGACAUUGGUUCCGAUCCAGAAAUUGAAACAAGCACAAAGCUUGGGGACAUAAAAGAGUUACAGAAGACGCGGGAGAGACAGAAGGGAGUGGACAUAGUCGGCCUGGCAUUGGGCAAGAAAAUACCUAAGACAGAGGAGAGGGACAGUCAUGAUCCCUUUAAAAUGCAAACUGGGGGCUACAUCGACAUGAAAGCAUUAAAGUCAAGUGGUACACAGCUCACUGAGGAAGAAAAGGAAGCCAUUGGAACAGCUUUUGCAGCAGAAACAAACAAAAGAGAUGAAGACGCAGAGAUGCAGAAGUUUGUUGAGGAGGAGCUGAAGAGAAGGAAAGGUCAUGUGACGGAGGACGGCUUGAGGCCUGGACAAUCUAAUGUGUCUGGUAACAAGUUGUUUGAGCUUCCUGACCAGCUGAAGUCCAUCACCUCACGAUUCAAGAAAUCGGAGGACAUGUUGUCCAGCCAGAUGCUCUCUGGAAUCCCGGAAAUCGACCUUGGAAUCGAUGCCAAGAUCCGUAACAUUGAGGAGACUGAAGAGGCAAACAACAGACUGAUUGAGGAACGGAGCAGAAGGAAGAAGGACAAGAUCUCGGAGUUUGUGCCAACCAACAUGGCUGUCAACUUUGUCCAACAUAAUAGGUUCACUAUAGAAGAUGCUAAACCUGCGUCAAAGAAAGAGGAACCAGUCCCAGCUAAGAAGGCUAAAGUUGGGGAAGCAGACAGACCAGGUGGGCACUUUGAAAAUAGUAGAAGGCAACCUUUAAGAUACUGCAAUAUACAUGCACAGUGUUCAUCUGUCACUGCAUCCACUUUGUUAAAACUCUGGGGUUUUCCUGGAUUCUUACAUACGCCAUGA